CUCGUCGCAACGAUAUCUACGUGUUUUGGCUUUUUCCUCUCUUGGCAUCUACAAUGGAUCGAGUACACUUCUUUCUUCUUGGACUACCUGUCUUUCUUCUAUGCAGCGAUCUCUUAAACCUUUUUACUCCGCCUCCGCCACCUCCGGCGUCUCAUCCGAAACCCGGCCACCACCAUCAUCACCACCACAAACCCCCACUUAGUUCAGAUUUCCCAGAAUUUCCAAAAUUCCCAGAAUUCCCUGCAAUGAAAGCUGAGGGAGGUAUCGGGCAUGGCAGUACAAUAAACAUAAACUUUUGUGCUUCUUGCUCAUAUAGGGGCACUGCAAUAACGAUGAAGAAGAUGUUGGAGAAUCAAUUUCCUAGAAUUGAUGUUAUCCUUGAAAAUUAUCCCCCGCCUAUGCCCAAGCGUCUGCUUGCUAAAGUGGUCCCAGUUGUUCAGUUUGGAGUCAUUGGGAUCAUCAUGGCUGGUGAACAAAUUUUUCCAAUGAUGGGAAUUAUGACACCUUCGUGGUAUUAUUCUUUGCGUGCCAAUAAAUUUGGAUCUAUUGCAUCCACCUGGCUUCUUGGAAACUUUUUGCAGUCCUUCCUGCAAAGUUCUGGGGCUUUUGAAGUUUACUGCAAUGAUGAAUUGGUCUUCUCUAAACUGAAGGAGGGCAGAUUUCCAGGCGAGAUUGAGUUAAGAGAUCUUGUUACCAAAAAAUUGUCAACAUCAAGACUUGUACAUGAUCUUGGAGAAGCAUGGUCUUAGUUCAUUGUCAGGUAAUGGAGGGUUGAAACCGAGCUAUUGAAGUGCAAUAGGUACAUGUAAGAUGUCGUGAUUUAGGGUAGAACCAAACAUGAACAGGUGUUAUUUAUGCCAUUUUAUUAAUGUAAAUUUGAAUCUGCAUCAAGGUCAUUCCAAGACAAUUGAUCUCAAAGUCAGCAUUUUGAUUAA